AUGACGUCUGUUGUACAGAGUUCUAGCUCCAUUUACAGUACAUACAUCUCCACAAUUGACCACCUACCUUGCGACAUUAUUCGAUCCCUAUGGCUAGUGCAAUCGUGUAAUAUAUUCGCAGAAAAUGAGAAACAAAAAUUAAGUGAGAUUCUAGAGCAAAUUAGCUCUCAAUCUUCCAAUAUCAUGUCUCAGGAUGUGAAGGAGAAUAUAGCCAGGCAAUACACCAAACUGAGGGCGAGAAUCCUCGAGAACAACAAAGAAGCGAUUGCAGAAUUAGAAGCUCUCCAUUCUCAGCUUUUGCUCCACCAGACGGAGCUUGACCAAACUGUUGCGAAGAUUGAAACCUCAGAGUCUGAACGGCCACUUACGGACCUCAUCGAUCAAAAGAAGCUUCGUGCACAGCUAAAAAGACAUUACGAAAAGAACCCUCUUCCUUCUCAGGUCGAAGCUUUGCAAGAACGACAACUUAGCGCCAAUGUUAUAGUCCGUCAAGUAAAAGGCCUGGAGGGAGAUUUGAAGAUAAUUUUCAAAAUUCCGAAACUUGUCAACAAGAAAUUGCGCAAAUCACACCAUAAUGAAGAAUCACCAUUGAAUAAACGCGAGAAAGAUCACGCUUUUGACGAAGCAUCCUCAUUGAGGGAACUUGGCCGGUCAAAGAAUAAGAGAUCCGUAUCUUCAGAAAUGAAAAAUGAGAAUCUCAGGCAGGAAAAUGAAGGAAAUCGUGGCGAUAGAACAGUUGAUUACAAAAAGGUUAAAGAGGACCAUAGCGCUGGCGUUAUUGGUUCGAAAUCACGGAAAAGCGCGGAAAAGGGCAUGAAAGAGCCUGAAACAGAGCAGUAUUGUUUUUGUAAACAACCUUCCUUUGGCGAUAUGAUUGCAUGCGACAAUUCAAACUGCCCUAAUGGUGAAUGGUUCCAUUACAAAUGUGUUGGUCUUCUAAACAAAGUCGAGGCACGCAAGUACACUAAGCAAAAGUGGUUUUGUAGCGAUUCAUGCAGAAUUGAAAACGAAGAGUUGCAAAGAAAACAAAAAUUGAAACAGAGCAAAAAAAAGCGUCGGCAUUGGUGA